AUGCGAACCGUCUUCGAUAGUCUCUCCACGGACCCAUCCGUUCGUGCGGUGGUCUUCUCCGGAUCUGGAGAGAAGGGUUUCUCGGUUGGCAUCGAUCUGAAAUGGGUCUCGAACAAGGACUCACCGUUUAUGGUCCCACCAGGGGAGAAUGUCGAUCCAGGCCGACGUGCAGUCACCACUCUUCGAAGAUUUGGGGAGGAAUUCCAGGAGUGUAUUUCCAGUAUAGAGAAGUGUGAGAAGCCUGUGAUCUGUGCUAUGCAUGGCUACGCCUUAGGGAUGGCGAUGGAUGUUUGCUCUUCGGCAGACAUGCGAAUCUGCUCCAAAGACACGGUUUUCUGUGUUAAAGAGGUUGAUAUCGGUAUAGCCUCUGACAUUGGAAUUCUCGCCAGGCUACCAAAGGUCGUUGGGUCAUACACAUGGGUCAAGGAUGUAGCCAUGUCCGGCAGGAAUUUCAAUGCGGAUGAGGCACUUCGAGUUGGUUUCGUGAGCACUGUCCUGCCAACAAAGAAUGAAGUGAUGGAGGAAGCAUUCAGAGUUGCAAGGAAUCUGAGUGGGAAAAGCCCGGUUGCGGUACAGACAAUCAAACACUUCCUGGAUUACAGCCGAGAUCGCACUGUUGCUGAAGGGCUGCAAUACCAACUAGCCUAUAACGUCGCAGCGGUUCAAACUAAAGAUGUUCCUGUUGCUAUUUCAUCCAUUUUGUCCAAAGAGAAGCCCGUCUUUGGAAAGCUCUAG